AUGGCUUCUCUGCCGGGAUCAGCGGAUAACCCUUUCCAACGAUUAAUUGUCGAGUCAAGUGAUGAUCCUGCUCAGCUGCAAUUGCGGUAUGAAACACAUCGGGCCACUCGAAAUGAUCAACAGAGCGCAAAAAUUCAAGCGAAAGACUUUCCAGGCUGGUCGAUAGAUGGGAUUCUAAAGCGGCUUGACGGCCCUGCUAAAGAGGAAGGAUUCGUUGAUCCCCGCAACUGCCUUGUUAUCUGGGCUAGGCCCCCUUCUCAUAUCAGGGAUUUGAUAUCAUGUAUACAAAGCCAGUUGAGGGAUAUUGCUCCAUGUAGGUAUUGCAGAGCUGCUUUAGGACAGUCUGUUAUUCUCAAAAUGAAGUCGCUCACUGAAUCACGAACAGCGCUUUGGCCGAUGCCUCCUCACAAUCUUCACACCACUGUUCUGGAAGUGGCCCAUUCUUUGACAGAACCCCAAAUUGAAGAACUGGUUCAAACCCUCCAAUCUUCAAAAGAUGUCACGCAGGCGCAGAUUGCCGAAUAUCCAACUCGUCAUAAUACUCGCCUCUUGAAACCAAUGUUGAGCUUUGACUCCGCGGCCCUUGCCCUUAGCUUUGUUCCUGCAGCAAGCGAAGGCUCAACGGGGAGCGCCAGGGAGUAUGGUGAUCAUUACACAUAUCAUCAUCUUCGUCGGGACAUUUUUGACAUGGUUCGACAAACCAAGGUUCCGGUCGCUUCUCGCUAUAUUGUCCCAUCAGCCCAUGUUACCAUCGCACGCUUCAUCAAUAAUGAAGGAUUCCUGGUCAAAGGAACACAUGGCGCGGAAGAAAUUGACCAUUCGCGCGUCAAGUCGCUUCUUGAUAGGAUUAGCGACAUCAACAAAGAUUUGGAAAGCCGUUAUUGGCCCCAGGCUGACGGCAGCUGUCCUAAAGAGGGUGAAUGGGUUGUUGGGCAGGACAAGGGUUUGGUGGUCAGAAAAGGUCGUCUUUGGUAUGGAGGAGGCGAGGAUGUGUAA